AUGCAAGGCAAGCAGCCAGAGGCCAUGAAUGGGAAGCUAAUCUUGAGCUGCUUUUUCCUCCUCUCUCUCUUCUUACUGAUAAAGAGACCAACAUUCCCAUAUUCCUCCGAUUCACUCACUUCAUAUUUAUCAAACAAAUGCACCAAAAUCCCAUCUUCAGUAUCAAAUACAUUAGUCCACUAUGCACUCUCAAGAACCACCCCACAACAAAGUGUUCUAGAAGUCUCAGUCUCCCUCCAAGUCCUCCAAAGAAAAUCACCCUGCAACUUCCUAGUCUUCGGAUUAGGGUAUGACAGCCUACUGUGGACCUCUCUCAACCAUGGCGGCCGCACUGUCUUCCUCGAGGAAAGCAAGAACUGGAUCAUAAACGUCACGGUAGAGCACCCGUCUCUUGAAUCCUACCAUGUUGUGUAUGACACCAAGAGGAGUCAAGCUAAACAGCUCCACCAGAUUGGGAUGCAAGAGCAAUGCCAACAAGUGUGUGAUCCAAGACACUCCAAAUGCCAGCUUGCUCUAAAGGGAUUGCCUAGUUUUGUCUAUGAGACACAGUGGGAUCUGAUCAUGGUGGAUGCACCCACAGGAUACAACGACUACACGCCCGGGAGGAUGAGCGCCAUCUACAUGGCUGGAUUGUUGGCCAGGAACAGAUUAGACGGUGACACUGAUGUGUUUGUGCAUGACAUUAAUAGGCCGGUGGAGGAUACAUUUUCUCUGUCUUUUCUGUGCAAGGGUUAUAUGGUGGAGGAGAAAGAGCUGAUGAGGCAUUUCAAUAUCCCAAGUCAUAAAAAGACCAGUGUAGGAACCCCAUUUUGUCCCUAG